AUGCUGCACGACGCCUCGCCCGAUGCAGGCGUAGGCGACCUCGUCCACGUCUACACCAAGCGGGGCGAGUACUUCGGGCGCGGCCUCUACGACCCCUUGGCCAAGAUGCCCCUACGCGUCUACCACCACCAUCACCACCACCACGACCAGCUCGAAGGAGACGACGCCGAUCACGAAUUCGGCGAGGCCGGCCUCACGCAGCUCGUCCAAAGCGCAGUCGACCUACGAACAAAGGUGCUCCGACUGCCAGAGCGCACGGACGCGUUUCGUGUGAUCAACUCGGAUGGCGAUGGGCUCAGCGGACUCAUCGUCGACAAGUACGCCGACGUGCUCAGCAUCGAGGCGCACAGCGUGGGCGUGUACCAGCGGCUCAAGGAGUGGAUCCCGCUGCUGCACGAGGUCCUGGGCACCCGCCGCCAUCGGAUCGCCACCGACAUUCGGCGCGCGGGCGACGCCAGCGACGACGCCGGGCUCUUCGAAGAGCUCGAUCCCGGCUACGGCAGCGGCCCCGUGCACAGCGUCACCGUCAAAGAGAAUGAAGUGGAGUAUGAAGUGAACUUCGAGUCGGGCCACAAGACGGGCUUCUUCUGCGAUCAACGCGACAACCGCCAGCGAUUCGCGCAGCUGGUCCGCGAUCGAACCGUUUUGGAUCUGUGCUGCUACACGGGCGGGUUUGCCAUCGCGGCGGCCACCACGGGCCGGGCCAAGCACGUCACCGCAGUCGACCUCGACGAACAGGCCAUCGCCCAGGCCCGACGCAACGCCGCCGCCAACGCCCUUCGCCACCGCCCCGACGCCCUCCGCUUCGUGCACGCCGACGCGUUCGUCUACGCGCGGCAGCUCGAGAUCACCGGCCAGCGGUUCGACGUGGUGCUGUGCGACCCGCCCAAGUUCAUCGACUCGCGCGACGAGCGGGAGACGGCGCGCGGGCUGCGCAAGUACGAGGACCUGAACGCGCUCGCGGCGGGGCUGGUGGCGCCCGGCGGGCUGCUCGUGACGUGCUCCUGCUCGGGCCUCCUCUCCGAGACCGGCUUCGAGGAGGUCGUCGCCCGCGCCGUUCACAAACGCAAUCGGCGCAUGCAGGUGUUGAACAAGACAGGCGCGGGAGAGGACCACCCGAUUUUGGCCUCCUGUCCCGAGAGUCGCUACCUUAAAGUCGUGUGGGCUCGCAUGCUCUGA